UCUCAUUAGUCAAAUCACACUGUAGAACCUCUCUUGGCAGCCCUCGAUCCCAGUGUUUUGAUCCUCUCCCAUAUGAAUUCAACCUCCACCCCACCCAAGCCGCCAGAAUUUACUCUGGCUGAUUUUUCUGUGGAAAGGGGACCGAGAUACAGAGCUUACGCUGAACUCAGAGAAUCAAAGCUGAGGAUGAACAAUAUGAUGAUCAAGCAACACUACUCCGAUGAACCAGAGACGACCGUGACACCUCCAAAGAAAAGGGUUUCGUUUCAGGAAACAAUAGCAGGCGGUGUGCGCAACAAAAGUUCAGUUGUUGCUCGAUCAGUUCCUGAUUUCUCAGCCGUUUUGAGGAAAGAGAACAGGAAGCCACCAUCAUCCACAGCAUUGCCAUCGAUGUUGGAGAUGACUCCACCGCCUUCCAAGGUUUCGAAAUUCUCUACAUUCUCGUCAAAACAGGUUGGGAGUAAAUCGGCCAAUGCAGGGGAGAAGAGAGGUGGGGGAGUGAUGAUGAGAAAGAGUUACGCAAGCGUUGAUGAACUCAAAGGAUUGUCUUCCGCUGCUGCCUCUGCCAUUAAUGGCGAAACCAGAAGAGGGAAGGGCAACAGAGGAAUCAACAGAGCUGUUUUGGGUUACAGACAGUUCUAAUUAUGAUGCCAUGGUCUCAAUUCUUUUU